GCCCACCACCCCACUUCUGCGCUGCGAUGAACCUCUUCCUCCUCUUCCUCGCCAUCCCGCUCCUCUGGCGUGUGGCCACGCCCUUCAUCCCAGACGAGUACCUCGACCCGUACGCGUACUGGAACACUACGAGCAUCAACAGGCAGAGACCCGAUGGCUUUGUCCCGAUCGAGUGGAGGAACCUGGGCUACUGGGACGCCCCCAACGCGACCUUUACGGAAGCCAACGAGAAGCUCGCGCGCAAGCUUCUCGAGUUCGCGCGUGCGAGACAGGACGGCAACACGCUGGAUAUCGCCCACGGUGCGGGCGAUUCGCUUCUGAUCCACCUCGAGUCACACCCCGAACAGCUGCACGCCCUCACCCCGCUCCAGGGCGAGUCCGACAAGGCGCGCAAAAAGCUCUUUGAGCGCGCCAUCUGGGCCAAGCUCGGCGGUACCCCGAUCGCCACGAACGUCAAGAUGCACGUCGCCCCAGCCACGUUCAAGGACGGCACAAACCUCGAGCACCCGCUCAACCCCAUGCGCCACCAUGUGGGCCAGAAGGCUGAUGGUGACAGCACGGCUCAGACCGACGGCGAGGCCGAGGAACCCGAGCCCGAGAUCGAUGACGACAAGCAGGCCGCCUUCUCUGCCCCCGACGACGACAGCACCGCCGGUGAGCCCCCAGCGUCCGACCCCAAGGCGCCGUUCGACCUCGUGUACGUCCUCGACUCGGUGUACCACUUCCCGCCCUCGGUCGACUACUUUGCCCAGCUCGUCUACCCGGCGCUCCGCAAGGGGUCGGGCGUGCUCGCGUACACUGAUGCGCUGCCCCCGCCCUCGUGGUCCGAGUUCCCGAUGAACAUUGUGUCCACGUUCAUCUCGCCCCUGCUCUCCGUCCCGCCCUCCAACCUGAGCCUCCGCCCCAAGACCCUCGACGAGUACAAGACCCGCCUUGAGAGCUUUGGCUACACCGACGUCGAGGUCGAGGACUGGAGCGACCACGUGUGGCAGGGCAUCGCCGACAACUUCAAGCCGCGCGGCGGCGCUUAUGGGAUCGCCGGCCGUGUGUUCGGCUAUGCUGGCAACUCGGGCUGGAGGUAUGUCGCUGUUAGGGCUACCCGCCCCGGCAACGCGCCGGCCGAGGAGCAGGCGCAUGAGGCGCAGGCUGGCGACGCGUAAAUGGACACUGUAAGCCAUGUAGCAGCUGGACAGAAGCAGC